AUGGACCCCAACGCUUCUGGCUAUCCAAUGCAGCACAACCCCGGUUACCCUGUCCCUUCGCAGGGCACUCCACAACAGUUCCCUUACUAUCCGAAUCAGAUGCCGUCGUUUCCCCAGUCAAAUGCUCCCUCGCAGCCCUCUUUCGGUGCUGUACCACUGCAACCAGGCGGAGCUAUGAUGCCCCCAGCCUUUCCACAGCAAUCGCCAGGACCUCACGCGAACUUCUCGACCCCAUUUUCCCAGCCCCCCGUUACCGGUCCUUUUCCUCAGCCGACAACCACAACGCCAAAUAUACCCGCGACGCAAGCGCAGACCUUCCCACCAAACAUGACCUCUGGUCUGACGAAGACUAUGGCUCCUGUUCAGCAGCCGAUCCCUGCGCAACAGGCUCCGAUACAGAAUUCUGCCCCGGCUGUUCAAUCACCAGGCGUACAGUCUCCGGCAGCGCUGGCGCGGGAAAAGGAGCGUGUCUCGGUUCUUUUGGAGAUAAACUCGAUUCUGCUGCAGGAGGCCAUCAACCUCCAGACAUCAGGCAAAGCAGGCGGCGCACCCGCUCAACAGGGGGAUUCGAACCCGUCACCGACUGAAUCGGCUCCCGACAAAAACAUUCAACGAUCCCCCGAAUACGUUAAUUGCAUGCGCCGUCUGCAAGCAAACCUGGCAUAUCUAGCAACGGUGGCAGACAAGGGCAAAAAGUCUGGAGGUGUUGUCCCUCCAGCACCCGCCAUUAUGACACCGCCUCCCAACCUGCCGGCCGUCAAUGACCUCUAUACGAAGCUGAAUGAGCUCUUCCCGCGUACUGCGCAAGGAACAGCGAACCUUAAUCAGUCUGGCGCCCAAGGAAAUGGGGGUCCGAACCUAUCGCCCACUACUGAAAACGCCGUGUGAGCCGUUUGCUAGAAUAGCGCUAUGCACGCUUGCAACAAUUUUCACGAACGCCGGAACAUUGGAAGACUGCGCAGUAGCCCCUGGAUCUGUUGGCUAUCCACCCAAGGCUCUUCGGUCAUAUCCCGCUAGUCCGUCGUACCCUGCCAGGGCUCACGCCUAUGCGAGAGGGCAGUGACGCAUCUCGAUCGACACUGUUUAUGCAUGUCUCCUACUUGGUUUGUUCGGCAGGGGUUUUUUCAGGCCACAAGUUUAUAUGACUUGAAACCCCCCACGAAUACAGUCGGAGGGUACUUGGGCAUUUGGAAAUGUCUACCUAGAGAGAGCGGCUUAGAUUUGUACAUAGUUAUUAUUCUGUACGGCAGUCAAGAGUUGGGGACCUGUGCAGAAAUCAUGUAUGUGGACCGUGCGUCAGACGGUUGGCUUGUCACAC